UGAUUCUCUCCCGCAGGUAUACAUUUGUAAUUAGAUACUAGAUAAUUAAUUGCAUAAUUGUAAAUGGCUUGUUGCUGAAGCUGAAAAUUUAUUAUGAUGUUACUUCAGCCUUAUAAUAAAUGGUAAAUGGCUGUUCAUUUUGUCUUUUGAGGAGGUUGGAGUUAAUUUUGUUUGGAUAAUUCAGUGGUAUCAAGGCGAGAGGCAACGCUAAGGCGAUAAGGUCUCCUGUCGCCUUAGGCGAGAGGCUAGAGGUGAGGCGAGCCUUUUUGAAAAAGGGGACAGAAGCUAAAAUCUUUACAUAGUUUAGAUAUAUGCAUAUAAAUAUAAUGAACACAGAUUAAUAUUCAUAUUUAGAAUAAUAUAAACAACAAAUAUAUAAUAAAGUAUUAUUAAUAAAAUAUAAAAUAAGACUAUUGAAUAGAACUACUAGCUUAGUCUAUUAUUCAAUACUCAUCAAGAUUUCAAAUAUAAAAUAAAGCAUUAAUAAAUAUGUCAAGAAACAAGUUAAACAUGAACAAUUUAAUGUAAUAGCAAGUACCAAAAGUAUAAAAUCAAAAGUCAAACUCCAAAAUCAUAAAUCAAGAAUACUCAUUAUAAUUAAUUUCUAAAUAAACAUUGAAAUUCAUGAUUCAUCACAAGAUUCACAACAAUAGCACCCGUAGCACCCAUUGCACCCAUUCUGGCUGGAGAGUGGAGACAUACAAUGAUGUGGAGAGAGGAGAAUAAUGAGAGGGAAGGAAGGGAGGAGAUUGGGAGAAGGACGGAGAAGAAGAAGGAGAUCGUGAGAAGAAGGGCGGAGAAGGAAGAAGAAGAAAGAGGAGACGAGACGAGACACAUACCUGUGGAGGACUAGUGUCGAAUGACGGCUGUUGUUUGGAGAAGGUUGUGUGUCAGCCGACUUCUUUGCUAUUUGGAGAAGGCAGAAGAAGCUCUCCCCGUUGACUGCCAGAGCAAGUGGAUUUCGUUCUAGCAACCGACCUUUGUGCUACGCUCCUGCCAGUUGAAUGACUGCCAACACGUAUAAGUUCUCCUGGUUUUCAAGUCAUCUACCAUGGUACCCUGUUGUUCAUUGCGCUACCCUCUGGCGAACUGACCAAGUCACCUACCAUCGCUGCUUCUCUCUUGAACCGCCUUUGCAGAAUUUCUUUCUUACGCAAGGUAAUAGGGUAACUAGCCUCGCAACAAAGGUAUCAAUAUUUCCUUAUGCCAAGUGCUCUCACAAUCAAGGUGGGAAAUCAAAACCUAAUAUCAGAGCUGAUGAGAGUAGGAAAAAUGUAAAGAAGGAUGGAAAGGGAAGACAUCACUUAUGGAAAAAAAGAGAUCCAGCUAGAUCUGGGGUAAAGGCAAUAAAUCUUGUUAGGAUUAUUUCUGAACUUCCUAACGAGAAAGAGGCUGUUUAUGGAGCAUUAGAUAAAUGGGCAGCUUGGGAGACAGAAUUUCCAUUGUUUGCAGCGGCUAAAGCUUUAAGAAUUUUGAGGGAGAAUAGUCAGUGGCUGCGUGUGAUUCAAGUGGCAAAGUGGAUGUUGAGCAAAGGUCAAGGAACCACAAUGGGAACAUACGACACCCUUCUACUGGCAUUUGAUAAGGACAAUAGGAUAGAUGAAGCCGAGUCAUUGUGGAACAUGAUUUUGCACACGCAUACACGGUCUAUUUCAAAGCGCUUGUUUUCAAGGAUGAUCUCUUUGUAUGAUCACCAUAACAUGCCAGAUGAGUUAAUAGAGGUAUUUGCAGACAUGGAAGAGUUAGGUGUGAGACCUGAUGAGGAUACUAUUAGAAGAGUGACUCAUGCAUUCAAGAUAUUAGGCCAAGAAGACAAGCAAAAGAUGGUUGUUAAAAAGUACUUGUCUAGAUGGAAGUAUAUCCACUUUAAGGGUGAAAGGAUUAGAGUGAGAAGAGACAUUUAAAAAGAUACUAAAAAACUCUUGGUUUUUUUGAUAUGAUAAUGAUGCUCUUAGUUAAACCA